AAAACCUUUCCACCCUCCAGUCACGUCUGCUUACUUCCCGCUGCUCCUAGUCUCCAAGCUAGUACUUGCAAGACCGUAGCGUAUAACACAGAGAGCACCAUGGACGGGGGCGAAACGGAAAGUAUGUUCCCUUCAGAAGACGUCGGAAUGGGCUUCGCUCCCGUUACGGGGCAAGGAGUGAAGAAGAAAAAAUCAAAAUCUUUUGGUUUCGAGAGCAUGGGCCUGAGUGCCGCCGUGUAUCGCGCCGUGCGGCGCAAGGGCUACCAGGUGCCGACGCCCAUCCAGCGGCGAACGCUGCCCAUGGUGCUCGCCGGGCAGGACGUGGUUGCCAUGGCGCGCACGGGUUCCGGUAAAACGGCGGCGUUCCUCAUCCCCAUGAUCGAGCGCCUCAAGGCACACUCGAACACCGCCGGGAUCCGCGCCGUGAUUCUCUCGCCUACGAGAGAGCUGGCCCUGCAGACGUUCAAGUUCACCAAGGAGCUCGGGAAAUUCACAGACCUCCGGGCGGCAGUGCUAGUAGGAGGGGACAGCAUGGAGGGGCAAUUCGAGGCGCUCUCGCGCAGCCCGGACAUUCUCGUGGCGACACCUGGCAGGCUGAUGCAUCACCUGGCUGAGGUGGAGGGGAUGAGUCUGAAAUCCGUGGAGUACGUUGUUUUUGAUGAGGCUGACCGGCUUUUUGAGAUGGGGUUUGCUACCCAGCUUAAGGAGAUUUUGCGCGGGAUGCCCGAGUCACGGCAGACGCUGCUUUUUUCGGCCACGCUGCCCAAGAUGCUGGCGGAGUUCGCCCGGGCAGGAUUGAGGGAGCCGCAGCUGGUGCGAUUGGACACCGAGACGAAGCUGAGUCCGGAUCUGGCGCUUUCUUUUUUCACGGUCAGACCGCACGAGAAAAUGGCUGCCCUGCUGCAUUUGCUUCAGGAGGUUAUUCAGGUGGGGUCAGGGGCAGGUGGAGGGGGGAGGCCAGUGAGAGAAGAGGGGGAGGACGAGGAGGAAUUGGGGGAGGAAAGAGAGGAUGAGGUGAGAGAAAGGGAGGGGAGGAGGAGGGGGUUUGCUGGAAGGGGCAAUGGGAAGCAGACGAUUAUAUUCGUGGCAACGAAGCAUCAUGCGGAGCUGUUACACGAAGUGUUACAAUCCGAACGGUUACCAUCUUCGGUUGUUUAUGGAGCCAUGGACCAAACUGCCCGUAAAAUCCACAUCGCCAAGUUCCGUGCAGGCCGAACAUCUCUUCUCAUCGUGACCGACGUCGCUGCCCGAGGUAUCGACAUCCCUCUCCUCGACAACGUCAUAAAUUUCGACUUCCCGCCCAAGCCGAAACUUUUUGUCCACCGGGCAGGCCGUGCGGCGCGCGCGGGCCGUUCGGGCACGGCAUAUUCUUUUUUCACAGCAGAAGAGCUGCCCUUCGUGCUCGACCUUCACCUCUUCCUCUCCAAGCCAAUCCGCCCGGCGCCGCUAGAAGACGAGAUCGAGGCGACAGGUGGCGCAAGCCUAUUGGCUGCAAGGGAGGCGCAGGAGCGAGGGGAGACGGUCUACGGACGGUACAUACAGACGGAGUUAGACCGGUACUUGGAGAGAUUAAGAGAGCUGGAGAGCUCGAGCGUGGCGGUGGGGAUGCUGCUGAAAGUGGCUGGAAAGGCCAUGAAGCUCUACCUGAGGACGCGGCCUGCUGCUUCGAACGAGAGUGCGAAGCGGAGCAAGGCGCUGGCGGGGAGGGAAGGCGUGCACCUGACGCUGAGGGACAGAGUUGGGGGGAUGGAGUCUGCUGCUGCGGCGUUUGCUGAGCACCUCAAGAAGUUCAGGCCAAAGCAGACGGUACUGGAGCUCGAGGCUGAAGCAGCCACAGCCAAGAAGAAAGCAGGCCCAGUGGCUGCAGGGCUAGAUGUGAUGAGGGCGAAGCGGGAGGUGCACCAGAAGGCCAUCAGCAAGAGGCGGGACAAGCUGGGGGGCGAGGGGAGGGAGGAGGGGGAGGGGCGAGGGGGGAAGAGGGAGAAGCCAACGAGCUUCAAGGACGAUCAAUUCUUCAUCAACAGCAUUCCUCCCAACAGGCACUGGGAAAGCGGCCUUUCGGUCAACGGGCGGCCCAAGAACGAAUUCUCAGCUGAAGUACAAAAGUUCGAGGCAGAGGUGCUGGACCUGGCGCCUGAUGAUGGGGAGGGGGCGCAGAAGAGAAAGGCAGUGUUCCACUGGGAUAAGAAGAGCAAGAAGUACAUCAAGCUGAAUCCCGGGGAGACCCUUGGUCCUUCUGGCAAGGUCCGCACGGAGAGCGGCGCCAAGACGAGUGCGGGCAGCAAGGGCAUCUACAAGCGGUGGAAGGAGAGGACGCACAUGAGGGUGGGCGGCAGGGGGGCACGUGGCGGCAGCGCAUUCGACGCUGACGAGGACGCUGGUGGCGCUGGUCGUGGUGGUUUCUCGAGGGGGAGGGGAGGAGCACGAGGCGGUCGAGGAGGCAUGUCGGGCAGAGGAGGGUCGGGUGGGCGAGUGAGGGAUGAGCUGAGGAGUGUGGAGGAGGUGCGGAAGAUGCGGCAGACCGCGGUGGCUAGAGGGGGCGGGGGAGAGGAGGGGGUGGUGGGAGGGGAGGGAGUGGCGGGAGAGGAAGCAGUGGAGGGAGGGGUGGGAGGGGAGGAAGGGGAGGAAGGGGAGGGAGGGGAGGGAGUGGGGGGAGGGGUGGGAGUGGAGGGAGGGGAAGGGGCGGAGGAAAGUCAAGCUCUAGUGGGAGAGGGGGAGGUAGAGGGGGGAGAGGCAAGAUGGGAAGGGGCAGAAGUCGCGGUGGCAUGUAGUUUACUUGAGUGCGAGGUUGUGGUGAACAUGCAUGUUUGUGAAUCAUCAGUGUAUUCAUACCAUUUUUACUGUACGAACAUUAACUUGACGAGAAAAUUGAAGCCUGGAAGUUGUGAGAAUGCAAACAGGCGGGCUGUCCUUGCCUUUUUAGAAACAUAUGAAACCUAUGCUUGCGGAUUAUAAAAUGUUAGUUAACAUUUUAUCUA